AUGGAUAUGUAUAGUAUUGUCAAGUUUAUCAUUGCUCUUUUCGCCCAGGUUAGGCUGUAUUUAGGAGGGGAACCACAACCCCGUACAAAUGUGUCGGUGUUGCCUUUCGCUGUCGUGUGGAAUGUGCCUUCUGCUGUCUGCCAGGACGAGUUCAAAGUGUUCCUGAAUUUGUCCAAAUAUGGCAUCAUACAAAACGACAACCAGUCGUUCUUUGGUGAGAACAUUGUUCUGUUUUACGAACCAUUUCCGGGACUUUAUCCCAAAUACUUAAGUAACGGAUCAGCCAUUAAUGGAGGUCUACCUCAGAAGUCCAAUCUUGAAAAGCAUCUUCGGAAAGUGGAGUAUGAUGUGGACAGAACUAUCCCUGCCGCCGAGUUCUCCGGCCUGGCUGUGGUAGACUGGGAAAGUUGGAGACCAAUCUUUGACAGGAACCUGUACGACAAAGAUCAAGUGGUGUAUAUCAACAAGUCGGAGGAGCUCGUCAAACAACACCAUCCCACAUGGAACGAUCCUCAGAUCAAAAGACAGGCCCGGUUAGAAUUUGAAACAUCUGCAAGGUUGCUGAUGAAUCAGACCUUAUGGAAAGCAAGACAGAUAAGGAAAAAUGGAAAAUGGGGAUUUUAUGGAUUUCCACGGUGUUACAAUUACCGUCAAGGACAAGCUCACUGUGCCAACGACACAAUACAGUAUAAUGAUGAACUGUCCUGGCUAUUUAAUGCCAGUUCGGCACUCCUUCCCUCCAUCUACCUGGACAAAGAUCUGUUCCCGAGUGUUGAGGACAGGGCCCUCAGGGUACAGGGGAUCCUUAGGGAGUCACUGAGGGUGAGAGACAGUCUGAGGGAGUCACUGCAGUGUAAACAGUGCCAACAUAAUGAGACCAAGCCGAUUUACGCCUACACCAGAUACUGGUACAGACAGAAACAGUUUUACAUCACACCUGACCUUGAGAACACUAUAGGUCAAUCCUUUGAUGCUGGUUUAGAUGGUGUAGUGGUGUGGGAUAGCUCGGCUAACUUUAGAAAUGUGACAGAUUGUCUAUCACUGGGAGACUACCUGGAUCAUACACUUGGGCCAUAUGUAAACUCCAUUAACAGCUUUGCUAACGAGUGUCAUGCACAGUGGUGUAGUGGUCACGGCCGUUGUCUGCGGAAAGCCUGGCCUCCAACAGAAAGCAAGGAGGCUACAGACUGUCAGAAACAUACCGACCAGCAGAAUAGACGAGAAUUCUCAAUGUACCGAUGUGUCUGCUCUCAACCAUGGACAGGAGAGCACUGUGAACUUCAGAUGUAAACAGAUGUUUGUUCUCAUUCAAUUAAAGACAAUUCUACAAGCCAAUAAACCAAAUGGAAUUUUGUCAUAAUUGUGUCAGUACACGGAAACCAAUUCUCAACAGCUUCAUAAUUGACAUGACAAAAUAGAGAGAAGAAAAGAUUUUAUACUUAAACACAAAUGUGCAACUGAGUCUGGAACAUUUAUACUAAUUUUGUAAACUAGAAUUGCAAUUAAACAAUUCAUCUACUUCAGACAUGAUGAAGUAAUCCAUAAAAUAAGAAUGGAAUUCAUGUCUCUGUUUUACGCUUU